AUGAGUGAUCAGAAGCAUCAACCGACCUUUGUGGUCGAGCACUUGGAUCCUGAACUUGGCCCUUGGUCUGCCCUAGAAUAUGCCUGUAUCGCUCGGGAAUCCCAUGCCCGUGGUGCUCGCUUUCUGCUCAGUUCCGUGCCUGCUGAGUUACAGAUGCCCACUGACCUUGCUGCUACUAAGGGCCUUGAGGUAGAGCAGCGUGGUGUUGAGGAGAUCUUUGCUGAUCGCAAGGAGAGAGUAUGUCUCUUGGACCCAUCAGCUGCAGUGGAGUUGAGUCCAGACGAUGGCGAUACCUUCGACGUCUUCUUGUUCGGAGGCAUUCUCGGUGAUGAUCCACCCAGAGAUCGCACGUCCGAACUGCGCAAAAAGGGCUAUGUUGGUCGACGACUCGGACCCAAGCAAAUGACAACCGAUACAGCUGUGCGAGUGACACGCAUUGUUGUGCAUGAGAGAGUGCCAUUGGAGAAGAUCUCCUAUGUCGACUACCCAGAGAUUCUUGUUAGUGAACAUGAGCGCACUGAAAUGCCCUUCCGCUAUGUGACAGAUGCUAGCGGUGAGCCGAUCAUGCCUGCGGGAAUGGUGGAACUGAUCAAGAAGGAUGCCGACAAGGGUGUCGGUGAUCUUUUCUGA